CGCUUUGCGGAUCCCUGUACUGCCCGUGUGGGAGCAAACUGUGGGCGAAGGAUCACCUGUCGUGUUCAAGUUCGGUUGUUUUGAGGAGAACGCUGUUUACUGCAGCAAAUGGCCGGCGGUGGAGGCCCAGACAUGGAGGUCAGCGAUGAAGAGCUUAUGCGGAGAGCUGGACUCCGACAGCCUCAGGAAGUAUGUGGAAUCUCUUCAGCCAUUGUUGUCGACAAUAUCCCUGAAGUUGGAAAGGAGAGAUUGGCUAAGCUAGAAGCCGUCGUCAUGAAGAUUAUGUCACGUUUUGGAACUAUUGUUGGAAAACCAUACUUUCCCAUAGAUGACAAUGGGGUCACAAGAGGGUAUGUUUUCCUUGAGUAUCGCAACGAAAAGGAGGCGAGAUCAGCUGUCGAAACCGCUAAUGGCUAUCGUCUUGACAAGUCACAUAUUUUCACUGUCAACUUGCUGACUGAUUUCCAGAAAUACAUGGACCUACCAGAUGAGUUUACGCCACCAGAGCCUGCGGAAUACACUCGGGAGGAGAAUCUCCGUGCAUGGCUUCAGAAUAAUGAUGCUCACGACCAGUAUGCUGUCUUGUACAAGGGAGGAGAGGGCUGCUCCAUCUUCACCAACACACCAAAUGAACCCGUACCAGUUCACGAGAAGGAUUACUGGACCGACAAGUACGUGAAGUGGUCACCGCAGGGAACGUACAUCGCCUCACUACACGCACAGGGUGUCAUCCUCUGGGGUGGCGAGAACUUCUCGCGCAAGCGCCGCCUCUUCCAUCCUAAUGUGCAGAUGAUUGACUUUUCUCCGUGCGAGCGUUACAUGGUUACGUUCAACGGUGCACCAGAUCAUGACACAGACCCACAGGCUGUCAUCAUCUGGGAUGUGCGCACUGGCGAGAAGCUCCGCGCUUUCAAUGGCCAGCAGCACAAGGAGUGGCCGAUCUUCAAGUGGAACUUUGAUGGCAGCUUGUUUGCACGCAUGACAGAAAACGUGAUCAGUGUAUAUGAGGCACCCGGUUGCAACUUGCUCGGCAAGGAAAGUCUUAUCAUCCGAGGUGUGCGGUAUUUCUCUUGGUCUCCCACCGACAACAUCAUUGCCUACUGGACACCCGAGGAGUCGCAGGUCCCUGCACGUGUGGCCCUCAUGGAACUGCCCAGCCGGAUUGAGAUCCGUACAAUGAACCUCUUUAGCGUCGCUGAUUGCAAGAUUGUAUGGCAUGGCCAGGGAGACUACUUGGCAGUCAAGGUUGACCGCUUCAUUAACAAUCGCAAGAAGGCAACAGUAGCCAACUUUGAAGUAUUCCGUAUGCGGGAGAAGCAGAUCCCAGUCGAAAAGCUGGAGCUAAAGGAUACAGUUCAGGGCUUUGCUUGGGAGCCGCAUGGCACCAAGUUUGCCAUCAUUCACGAGCCACAAGCAGCACAUGGUGUUAGCGUCAGUUUCUACGAGAUGGCCGCUGACAAACUGAAGCACAUCAAGACCCUGGAGAAGAAGCCUGUAUCGCACAUCUUCUGGUCGCCUCAAGGACAGUUUGUCGUGCUGGCUGGACUGAAGCAGUCGAAUGGUGUCUUUGAGUUCUAUGACACAUCAGACAUGACAUUGAUGAACGUCACCGAGCACUUGAUGGCUACCGACGUCGAGUGGGACCCCACUGGUAGAUACGUAGUCAGCCAAGUCAGCUGGUGGAUGCAGAAGGUCGAUACUGGAUACAUCGUGUGGUCUCAGCAAGGCCGUCUUCUUCAGCGACACAGUGUUGACCGGUUUUGCCAGCUUCUGUGGCGCCCUCGACCAAAGACUCUCCUUGCAGACGAAGAAGUCAAGCGCAUCAAGCGUGACCGCAAGGAAUACAGCAAGAUCUUCGAAGUCAAGGACAGAAUGACUCACUCCAAGGCCUCAAAGGCUUUGGUUGAGCGUCGCCGCCGCUUGAUGUCCGACUUCACAGAGUACCGCCGCCGCGUGGAGUCUGAGAUUACCGAAGCCCAACGCAAGGAGCUCAGAGGUGGCAUGGACCAGGAAGAUGGUGAAUUUGACGAGGAAAUUGUUGAAUAUCUGGUCAAUGUUGAUGAAGUCAUCCUCAAGUAAACCACACUACCACUACUACUACUACGAUAUGUCUCUGUGGCCCAGCACAAUUCUUAUACCGUUUCUGAACCGCUGAUGAUCUCCUCUCAUGCCGACUUCCACCUCCGUGGGCCAUUACUCUCUUGACGACGCUGCCGCUGUCUUUCACCCGUGCCAAUGCUGCUCCGGGUUUAAGCUUGACAUCUUGAUCCUUA